AAGAAACCCUAAAAUGGAUUUGGAGGAAUUUUCAGAAGCUUUAGAUUUUUUGGAUUCUGCUAAAGAUGAUGGAGCUGCAAUUCAUCUAUACUCUAGAAGACCUAAUUCUCAUGGAGGUCAUCUUCUACCAAGAACUUUUCAGCCCCUCUCUAAUCGAAACCAGAAGUUCAACAGACAUCUUCGCCCUUCACCGUUAGAGAAGUGGGAAGACAAGGAAGAUAUGAUCAUUCCCAAUUCUGCUACAACUGCUAAUCGUCAAAGUCUCACUUGUAAAACUAAAACCACCGACAAGAGAGACCGUGCUACUGUUGAACAGGAUAUUGAUCCAAGAACUCGUAUGGUGUUGUUCAAAAUGCUGAAUCGUGGUAUAUUUGAUGACAUAAAUGGCUGCAUUUCUACUGGGAAAGAAGCCAAUGUUUAUCAUGCGACAAAAGAUGAUGGACAAGAAUUUGCAGUAAAGGUCUAUAAAACUUCAGUUCCAGGAUUCAAGGAUGGGGAUCGUUAUAUACAAGGGGAUUAUUGUUUUCGGCGUGGAUACUUGAAGCACAAUCCCAGGCAAACGCCUAAGAGUUGGGCAGAAAAUGAAAUGAGGAACCUUAUGAGGCUAAAGGCAGCAGGGAUCAGGUGCCCAACUCCAAUAUUUUUGAGGCUUCAUGUUUUGGUUAUGGAAUUUAUAGGAAAAUCAGGGAGGGCUGCUCCUUGUCUCAAGGAUGCAAAUCUAUCUGAAGACAAGAUGGGUGAAUGCUAUGUACAGUUGAUUAUGGUGAUGCGAAAUUUAUACCAAAAGUGCAACCUGGUGCAUGGAGACUUGAGCGAGUAUAGUAUACUCUAUUACGAGGGUAGCUUGCGCGUUAUUGAUGUUUCCCAAUCUGUGGACCUUGACCACCCUCUUGCCUCAUACUUCUUAUGUUUAGAUUGCAAACAUGUUUCUGAUUUUUUCAGAAAGAAUGGUGUGAAAGUUUUGAGCACACGAGAACUGUUCGAUUUUAUAGUAGAUUCAUCUAUUACUGAUGAAUCUGUGCAUUCUUAUUUGGAAGAGGUUCAACGGGAAAUUUUGGUUUGGAGAGAUGCGAUGUCCAGGCUGAUCUCUGUGGAGUCGGACAUUCUAUGGGGCCCGGACACCGUAGGUUUGCUUUAUCUUUCCCCAGCUCCAAAACAGUUAUUAAAGCUGCCAGAGAAAUCGGGCACGAAUGAUACCUCUACUGGACAAACGAACAACUUCGGAACCGAAUCUGGAACAGAUGAAGACAAGGAGGAGAACAAUGAUGAUGAUGAUUCUAGUGAUUCAGAAGGAUUAGAGCCAUAUGAUACUAGGAAGGAGGGUACAAGGGAGGCAAUAAUCCCUGCAGAUAAAAAGGCAGCUCGAAAAGAGAACAAGAAAAAAGUGAAAGAAGAGAAGAGAGAAGCUCGCAAGACCAAAACCCCAAAAGCUGAGAGGAAAAAGAAGAAGAAGCUGUCCAAAAACAUCAAAGCCAGGAUACUUUUUCAGGCCAUUUUCUGGGCUACAAAUGCACUAGGGUCGGCAGUCAUGGUGUUGGCGUCAGUAUUGAUCAUGUUGAAGCACGAUGACGAACGACAACAAUUGAGUACUCAACAACACCCUAUGCCUUGAAAGAUAAGCUCUUGACCUCCCUCCGAUUCAAGAUGCACCUGAUUUUUUCCAUCAAUGUGCAUUUUAAACCAUGUUUGAUUGAUUUUAGGUGUAGAUGCCUAGGUACUUCUCGUCACUUUGCAUUAUUCCGACUCCUAGAGUCCCAGUGCAACUGUUAUCUCUUGUUGCCUCUCCUUAACACAUCCAUCUACUGCAAUAUGCAGAUCGUUUGCAGCCCUGACCAACGCGAGUAACCCUGAUCAUCACAUUCUGAAGGGUGUUGAUUGUCUGCAAACAUGAAAUGGCCAACAAGGGGAGCAAACUUACUGAAUGGCUGAUUCAUACUCUGUAAAUACAGGAACAGUGCAACAAUUCAUUCCAUAAUAACACUACAAAAUCACCUAUCAUUGACUUUGUGAGGAGUAAUAGAACAGAUUUAACUAAUAACAAUUUUUUAUCAAA